AUGAACUUUCUUGAAAAUGAAUCUUCAGCUAAAUGUUUUUUUUUACAACCAUAUCCUACGGUGGAAAGAGAGAACAUGUUACGAGCUAGUCUUCUCAAGUUCAUGAAGGUAUACUUUGUUGAAAAGAUGUCUACAAAACAAAAGCUGCAAAGUUUGCUAGCAUGUUUCUUUGAUUCGAGAACAAACGAGUGUCUUACAGAAAAAGAAUAUCAAGAAGCAGAAAGCAAACUUAUGAAAAAAUUUGCAAAGUCAGCACUCCGACAAUAUCCUCGAAGAUCAACGCAUACAAACAUUUGUUUGCAAAAUGAACAAAAUUAUUCGAGAAGUGAUAUGAUUGAUUCAAGUAAUGAUGUUCAAUUUCAUGUUUCACCUGAAGUUCCUGUUAAACGCAAAUAUGGGUUUGCUAAGCUUGCAACAUUAUGUGGUUUUAAUCUGUGCGAAGAAAAAACACAGUCAAAGCAAAAUAUAAAAGAGGAGUUAUCCUUUUUCAGUUAUACUAUAAAGGCAAAAACUUGGAAAUUCGAUGAAUUUUGGUACAAGUAUGAAAACGAUAUUCCAAUGUUAGCCUCUAAAGCAAGAGAGGUAUGUACUUCACCUGCUAGUUCGGUACGGCCAGAAUCCUCAUUUAGUGUUGCUAACUUUAUUAAUCGCAAUGAAAGAACAAUCGAUGUCCUUGCAGGUACCAAAAAUAUUAUAUUGUGUCAUAUUACCAUAACAAAAUACUUGAUGGAAAAGGCAAAUACAAAGAAAAAAACUGGAGAAAAAGCGCGCUCUAACGAACAGUGA